GUCAGUGAGAGAAGGUGUGUCAUUUGUCAUUAACCGGGUGGAGUUGAUGGGAGGCGGUACAAGUCUGAGUCUUGAAAAUUGUGUGGAGAUAGAUAAUAGGUUCUUCAACAUUAUUUACAAACGAGUGAAUUUAACUCCUCCAGCAUUUGCUUCCAAGAUUUCUGCCGCGCCGCCACACUUUCUCUAACGCAGUAGCUUCAGACAAUAAUUGUUUCAUAGCGUCUGGAUCUGACUACCAAUGAAGACCUGAAAGUGACCUUUCUAUGUAUAUAAAAUGAUGCCGAAUGAACUUUGACCUGAAGUGAGUUGGCAGCGUUCUGAUCGCAUCCAGACGGCGUCGCCAGCACAAUGUUCACUUGGGCGAAGAAACUGACUCGCCACCAUGGCAGGGAGGAGCAAGCCGGAGAGGGGAAUGCAGAUAAUCCAGAAAAUUCCAAAUCGGACCUUAAGCAGAGGCCAGACAAAAGCCCGGGCCGAAGAUCCAGUCCCGAGGAGGAGCCGAGUCCGAUGCCGAGUUCAAGGGAGAUAAAGGCCAGCCCAAAGCAAAGUCCCGAGAAGAAAACGCCGAGCUUCGCCAGGAGGCUCGCAUCGUUCAGGAAGAUAGCCCUGGACCGAGGCAACCCGGAGAAGUCUCCGAAAUUGAAGAGCAAAAUACCAGCGACCAGUGGGCCUGUGAAGAGCAAGGGUUCUCAGCAAAAUCAGGAAGCUGAUGUCGCGGUCGGGAGUGAUGCAGCAGACAGGAAGUCCAUUCCAGAGAAAACGCCGUCGAGCUCUGGCCUGUCAACGCAGUCGAGCGAGGACGGCGCUCCCGCUACAAUGUCGCAGACGAGCUCCUCUGACGACCUGAAGCCGGCGAAGUCCCCGAGCACAUGCAGCAGCUUAGGUGCGAUCAGUGAGACGAGCGCCGCGGAGAGGAAUGGCGAGCACACCCCCGGGAGCACGACGUCGCCCGACAGGGACGACACGUCCUCCAGCAAGUAUGAGACGCCCGAGCGAUACGAGACUCCUGAGCGGUCCCUGGUGGUCAGUGAGAAAACGGACGAGCUUCUAGACACUGUCAUUAGAAUCUCUGAUAGCAUGGCAGCAUUACUAGUCCCGCACACUAACGGCAUCGGCGGCUCCGCGGAUGUCGAGGAGCAGAGUGAGGUGCAGGAGGGAAAAGCGGAAAAACUCGGGGGUCCACCGGAUAGCGCUGCCGAAGGAUGUGGUCACGCCCAGGCACUGGAAGUGAAUGGUCAAGCCGGGAGAACCGCAGAAGGCAUCGAUGAAAGUGCAGCCGUUUCCACAGUGGGCGUCACGGAAGCUGGAAGCGCGUAAGUCUCGUCUUAUUCUUGCCAUCGGUUGAGUAUCUGUGCGUGAUGCUGAAUGGAAGACCUCGCGUGAAGACCAGCAUGUCAGCCUUUGCUUACUCAGCCAGAUAUCUCUCUGAUCCUUAGAGGCGACUGGAAGGAAGUGAUCUGAACACUGCUUGCAGAUUGCUAUACACCCAAUCAAUGCACGUCUCAAGCUACAUAGAAU